AUGUCAGAAUUACUCAAGAGCGACAGAGCAAUGAAAUCCGUCCAGCAAGAGCUCGACGAAAUCGUGGGGCCCGACAGCCUCGUCGAAGACCACCACUUGAAAGAUCUGAAGUACUUGGACGCCGUGAUAAAGGAGACCUGCCGUUUGUACCUGGCCCUCAUGAACCGGACGGCGAGCCGAGCCUGCACCGUCGGCGGGUACACCGUCCCCCAGGGAUCGAAAGUGUUCGUCAACUCGUGGGCCAUCCACAGGGACCCGCAGUUCUGGGACGAGCCGUCGGAGUUUCGGCCGGAGAGGUUUCUGGACGGCGGGACGUUUGAUUUCAUGGGCAGCAGCAGCAGUUUCAAGUACGUUCCGUUCGGGUCGGGUCGGAGGAUCUGCGCGGGGGUUAGUUUGGCGGAGAGGCUGCUGAAGUAUGUGUUGGGUUCGUUGUUGCAUCGUUUCGAGUGGAGGGUGGCUGAUGGGGAGGAAGGAGGGGUUGAUCUUUCUGAUGAGUUUACUCUGUUCAUCAAGAAGAAGAGGCCGCUGGUUGCGGUGCCGGCUUCUCGGCUGCCGGCUGGGCUGGAGCUGCUUGCUUAUUAA